CACAUGCCCCGCCGGCCCCUUUGUUUUGAGCGGAGCUGGCAGCGCCACCGGUAGCGGCGGAGAGGCCCGUGCGCACCGCAGCGCUCCCGUCGCGACCCGCCCCGCUCCCCGGGCAGCCGCUCCCGCGGGGCGCAGCGCGGCGACGCCCGUUCCCGGCUCCCGUAGCACUGCGAAGGAGAAGCUCGGCGCGUUUUUCUCAAUGACUCUAUAGCCAACUGAUGUAACAAUGGUACUAAUCUUGGGACGCAGACUGAAUAGAGAGGAUAGCGGGAUCCGAGAUUCCCCUGCAACCAAGCGGAAAGUCUUUGAAAUGGACCCAAAAUCCUUGUCAGGCCCCGAGUUUUUCGACUUCUCCUCGGGAUCAUCCCACGCCGAAAGCAUCCUCCAGAUCUUCAACGAGUUCCGAGACAGCCGAUUGUUCACGGACGUGAUCAUCUGCGUGGAGGGCCGGGAGUUCCCGUGCCACCGCGCCGUGCUCUCCGCAUGCAGCAGCUACUUCAGAGCCAUGUUUUGCAACGACCACAGAGAGAGCAGAGAGAUGCUGGUGGAGAUCAACGGCAUCUUCGCUGAAGCCAUGGAUUGCUUUUUACAGUACGUGUACACCGGCAAGGUGAAAAUCACCACGGAGAACGUGCAGUACCUCUUUGAGACAUCGAGUCUCUUUCAGAUCAGCGUCCUGCGGGACGCCUGCGCCAAGUUCCUGGAGGAGCAGCUGGACCCGUGCAACUGCCUGGGCAUCCAGCGCUUCGCAGACACACACUCGCUCAAGACCCUCUUCACCAAGUGCAGGAAUUUCGCGCUGCAGACGUUCGAGGACGUGUCCCAGCACGAAGAAUUCCUGGAGCUGGGGAAGGAUGAGCUGAUUGAUUACAUCUGCAGCGACGAGCUGGUGAUCAGCAAGGAGGAGAUGGUGUUCGAAGCCGUCAUGCGCUGGGUGUACCGGGCGGUUGAGUUGCGAAGACCGGUGUUACAUGAACUUCUGACGCAUGUCAGGCUCCCCUUGUUACACCCAAACUACUUUGUUCAGACUGUGGAAGUGGACCAGCUGAUUCAGAAUUCCCCAGAGUGCUAUCAGCUGCUGCACGAGGCCAGGCGGUACCAUAUCCUGGGAAAUGAGAUGAUGUCUCCCAGAACGAGGCCACGCAGAUCGACUGGCUAUUCUGAGGUGAUAGUUGUUGUUGGAGGCUGUGAACGAGUCGGAGGGUUUAACUUGCCGUACACCGAGUGCUACGAUCCUGUAACGGGAGAGUGGAAGUCCCUGGCGAAACUUCCAGAGUUUACCAAGUCUGAGUAUGCAGUGUGUGCUCUCCGCAAUGAUAUUCUCGUGUCAGGUGGAAGAAUUAACAGCCGGGACGUUUGGAUUUAUAACUCUCAGCUCAACAUUUGGAUCAGAGUCGCCUCGUUAAAUAAAGGCCGAUGGCGUCAUAAAAUGGCUGUUCUUCUGGGGAAAGUGUAUGUGGUGGGAGGAUACGAUGGCCAGAACCGCCUCAGCAGCGUGGAGUGCUACGAUUCCUUUUCCAAUCGAUGGACAGAGGUUGCUCCCCUCAAAGAAGCCGUGAGCUCUCCAGCAGUCACCAGCUGUGUGGGCAAACUCUUUGUGAUCGGGGGCGGUCCCGAUGACAACACGUGUUCUGACAAGGUUCAGUCUUACGACCCCGACACCAAUUCCUGGCUGCUCCGGGCGACGAUCCCCAUCGCCAAGAGGUGCAUCACGGCCGUGUCUUUGAACAACCUCAUCUACGUUGCUGGUGGGCUCACCAAAGCAAUAUACUGCUAUGAUCCCGUGGAGGACUAUUGGAUGCAUGUACAGAAUACAUUCAGCAGACAGGAGAAUUGUGGCAUGUCUGUGUGUAAUGGGAAAAUCUAUAUCCUUGGUGGAAGACGAGAAAACGGAGAAGCCACAGACACUAUUCUUUGUUAUGACCCUGCAACGGGCAUUAUCACAGGAGUAGCAGCCAUGCCCAGGCCAGUCUCGUACCACGGCUGUGUGACCAUCCAUAGAUACAAUGAAAAAGGCUUUAAACUCUAGUUUUUGCCUUGGGAUAAAACAAAAGAGAUGAUGGCAAGAAUGAAUCCAGUGGUCUGCUGCAAGAUGGGCUUUUUAAAGAUUCCUGAAGUGGGAAAAUGCCCUUUCCCUACCUAAGUGUCAUAUGAAAAUGAUCCCCUGUGCCUUUAGAAAAAGGGUCAAUUGAACUUAGCAAACAAGUCCACAAAUCUAUCCAGUAACCAGAGUUCAGUUACACCUGCUGUGGGCUCUGACAGGAGAGCAGUUAGUAGUACAUUGUACUAGUGUUCAGAAAGUUUGCCCUCUGUGUGAUUAGUAAUGAGAAUCUUGGAAGCUUUGGGGGAGGAAAAUGCCUUCACAAGCAUUAGUGCCUGUGUCCUGAGAAGCAGCCACCUGGCAAGGUGUUUCUGGUUCUGCUAAUUGGACAAACACAUAGGCCAGUGAAUUCCAAAGAAUCAUCUAGGGUAGCUACCUAAAGUCAUUUGGAAAAGCUGAAAUCAUUGAUAAGCUCAGAAUUCUUACAAGCAGAUUACCUGGCUUAACCCAACUGGUUUUAGGUCAGGUCAUGCAUGGUUUGGAACCUAUAAAACAAGUGAACAAACAAAACAAGCUACAUAGGACAAAUCUUUGAGGAAUGCCUUGUUUUUGAGGGAGAAGAGCCUGGUUGUUUGGAACACGCUGCAGUUACAAUAGCAUAGCUUAGCACUAUGGGCAUGGUUCAUAGUGUUGCUAAGUGCUCAUCAGAAGCACAAAGCUACAGGACCUGGAACACCAGUGACCACUGGGCUGUAGGCAUGUGUCUGUGAAGGAAAUUUUCAGUCCCAGCUUUUAACUCAUUGAACAGUGUGGCUGAAGUCUGGCAGCUACUGGGUUCGCUCUUUGCUCACUGCAAAGCAUCUCUGAACUAUUCAAAGACCUAAAAGAGGAUGAACUCUGGAUUCUCCAGCUUUUCUGAAACACGCUGUAAAUCCCCUGAUGGCAGAGGCAAAGGCUUGGGCUGCACCCUACAGGUCAUAAAUUGGUCUUGGAGAUGUCUCAUCUGUGGAGUACCCACCAAGUAUUUCUUGGCCUUUCUUCAGACAAUCGCUUGCUCCAGCACGGUUAAACUACUGUGUAAGCUGCUUGGCCACAGAUAGAAGUAGUUCAGGAAAGGUCCCUCCUGCCACCAGAAUGAGGUAACUCCCACAUGACAUGUUUUGAAGCCUAGGAAGUGCCUAUAUUUUGACCCUAUUUUAGUAAAGGUCUGUUUGAGGUCUGUACUAGGUCUCUUGAUUUCCAGGGAGUUGAGGCACAAGUUCAUGCAAACUGAAACAGCAUUUGAGGAUUGGGAAGUGAAUGGGACUGUCUGGGUAGCAAUUUCCUGCUCAUCACCAAAACCCUCGGGAACUGCCUUCCAAAGGAAUUCUGAGGACAGCAGGCAGGAGGGAAGUUGGUCAGUGCCAGGGCAGAAAAAAAGCCCCACAGAGCUCCUGGAGAGACAGCCCUGGCCUCAGGGCUCUGGUCUCGGUGCUUCCUCAGGAGGCUGAAAACAAGCACCGUCUCUGGAACGUUGUUUGUUCCACUGGACUUUGUUCAUCUGUUUUCCCAGAGUAUUUCUUCAUGAGAUGGAAAUUCUGACCCUCAGUGAAGCUCUGCCAAAGUGGGAGUCACCGUUUUCAGUAACAUAUGGUCAUGACUUUUAAAGAGCACUGGGAGCUGUACUUUGUGAUGCAUUCACUUGUAACCUCAGGAAAGGACACGAAUCUCAGUUUCUGGCUGAAUACCAAACUCUGCUUUGUAUAUGUUAAAGAUCCUGAUCAAACACAAAUCUCUGCCUAUCAGUGGUGUGACGAGGAAGUCGGUCCCUGGGCAUGUACCUUCACAUUGCCCUGAAAACAAAGUCCCUCGGCAACGAAAGACAAACAGAUUGGAUAAGUGAAUCCUUUUCUAAGCCUCUUGUGUUUCUGCUCACCAAGUGUUACUUCAAAAAGGUAAUUUCAGUACCUGUGAAUAAGGUCUGUUGGUAGCAAUGGGAAUUGCCCAGUAACUGAUGUUAUCUGCUAACACUGUAUAUAACUCGUGCCAUCGUUGUAAAUGCAAGUGUAAAAAAUUACAGGAGCACUUCAUUAGAGAUGCAGUUGGAAAAGUACUCUCCUUUCCUUUGAUCUGCUGCUUGUUUGUGUUAAGACUUGUAAUGUCAAUGGCCAUGCUGAACUGUUCUUAACCAUUGUGUACUCUGUAGGUGUAGGACAAUGUCAUUUAUGUCUAGUUACCUUUUAAUCUGUGUUUUUAUAAUACUGCACUACUCUGUAAAUAACAAGAUACCGCUUUAUAGGGGUUUGAAGAUCCAUUUUAUACUUUAGCUGUCUUAACAAGUUACGUUACUGUUACCUAUUAUUUUCAAGAUGGCAGUGUUUGAUGAACCAGUAAAUGCAGAAGUGUAGAUGUAGAAGCAAACUUGUGCUGGCAGUCCCUGAGAGCCUGUAUUCCAUGCUGAGCAGUGACCCGUGCGGAGCGUCGCUGCACCGGCACUUCCUCGUGCCACCAUUUCCUUGAAACAAACAGGGAACUUCCUUUUCUUGGCUUAUUACCUCUGUAAAUAACUUGCCCAUAAGGCCUGCUCUGUUAGAACAACUUCUUUUUAGAUGCACUUGGGAAGGACAAUUGAACUUGGGUUGAAUGCCAGCAUGGCAUUCUUCGAGAAGGCUGCGUUCGUUCGGAAGGCGCGUUCCUGAGCCACCUGUUCUCCAAUGCAUUUCAUUUGGGUAGAGCUGAAUUCAAAGACUUAAACCCUCACUGUUAUUCAUACCUGACUGCUUGCACUUGAUGGGCUGGAGCAGCAAGCUGGGAUGGGUUUUGGUUUGGGGUUUUUUAUUUUGUCUCAGGAGAAGAAAAUUCGUAAUGCCAUUUAGUAUAAGGAAAUGUCCCAUCAUAAAUGGCAAUAGAUUUGGUAGCUCUAGUGUAGAGACACCUGCAGAGAGAGCUUCCCUCUAUGUCUACAUGGGAAGAGGGCUCAAGUAGUUCCAAAGUUACACUUGAAAAUAAAUUCUAGUUGUCUAAUAUCUCACUCCACAAAACAGAUGAUUCAAGUGUUUUGCUCUUUAAAAGAAAUGAGGGGAAAAGUUUGCUUUAUCCAUUUUUGAUGUCCAGUUCAUGAGUUACACCUGUAUGUUCUUAGCAAUAUGAUGCCAAUUGGGAAGAGAGUUGAUGCUUCCUUACAGCCUGGCUUCAAGAAGGUUCUGAAGAGAGAAUUUCCCUACUGCCUGUGUAGCCUUCAGCUUUAGAUACACCACACAUUCCCUUGUUUUGCAGCCAUCAGACAUGCUCCAUUGCCUGGUAGUUUUACCUGUAGGUUCCCUUCUUGGUGACGCUCAAGUGGGCAUGGUUGGUGCAAUCCUUCCCAUUAGUACCAUCAUCUUUAUACCAUGUGCCUGGGCUGCAUUGGGAGGAUCAGGCAUUGUGCUUUCCACUAGCACCAAGGGUCCAAAGUUGUGCUGUUGUUUUGUUUUAACUGGCACCAAUACAGUCCUCAUCAAAGAUUGCUUUUGUUUCUACUCUCUGAAGCACAGAUAUCUUUUAUGUUGAUACAGAUCCUUACCAUAAUUCAUACUCAAGCUACACUGCAGAUGUUUGGGAGAGGCUGGUGAUGCAGGAAGAGGAGGGGCUCACCUUGACAGAGCUUCAGAGGAAGCUUUGGUCACUUGUGCCUGAGAGCUGUACUGGCUGCUCUAGCUUCUUCCUCUAUUGAGUUCACCACCUUACCUUAGAUAACUACUCAGUUUGUCCUGGUUUUGUUUUACUUGAGCUGCAAGGACAAAACAAGAAGCAGUUCUGCUCCCUGUGACUUCAGGUUUCUCUGCUGCCCAAGGCACGGUGCUGUGCUGGAGCUCUCACUCUCGGUGGGUAGGCAGAGCCACGAACUUCACUCAAGCUGCAAAGCGAGAGACAAAGAAGGAAACUCCUUGGUGUGGGGUCAGAGAGGGCAAGGCAGUUGAAAUUUGUGCCUUUGGCUGGGCUUGCUGAAAGCAGGAUCUUAAGUUUGCAAAUCCAGAUGCUGAAACUCAGGUGGCAAGAACAUUUCACGUUUGCCAACUCCCUGAACUCACUUGAUAAAGAUGCAUACGUGGUCACAGUCUUCUAAUGGCAAUGGUCAGGAAAGCCAAAGGUUCCUUUUUCCUAAUUGCACAACUAGGCAAGUAUAUGUGGGGAGUUUUUUCCUACCCCUGGAGAUGGCAAAAGCCCAUCUGGGAGCAUGAAGUUACUCACAAGACUUGAUCACUGUGAGACAAAAUGAAUGUUUUCAUCUGAACAAAAGUCUUGUGUGCACAAGAAAGUGCAAAUGAAACAGUUUGAUGUGCCUGGUCAAAAACAUCUGAGCAACAUAUACUCAGAAGAGGAGUCUACAAGGUAAAAAGAGAUUUUGAAGCAGAAGUUUGCUGUCUGGUUGGGAGCCAAGCAGUGAUUUUGUUUCUAUCUAGCACCCAAAUUUCCUCAAGUGUUGAAUGAUUUCAGGUGGCAUUAAUACAAGUGGGUCUCCCUGUCAGUUUGCUGUGGUAGUGCCAGUGCUGUGGGUGUUGGCUGCCACGCAGUGAGCAGCCUCCCAGCAGCCCCAACCCAGCUGGGUGCAUUUCAGCCUUGUUCUCUGCUGUCUUCCAUAACUCGUGUUGCACAUGAGUCCGUGUUAUUCAGAGCACGUAGUUCUUACAGUCUAAGAACUCUAUUUACAGGAACAUUUCUCUUUUCCCCUGUAGUGCUCCAGUCUGUGCUCACAUGUUUGUGUGUGUGGAUCUGGGCGUGGGAGUGGGUUUGUGAGUGUUCUCUGCCAGUGCCCUUACACACAGCAAAGCCCCUGUGUACAGCAUGUUGGUGAUGUCAUUCUGGCUUACUUUGUGUGAUUAGCUCCAAAGAAAAGAAUGUUCAUUUUGAAAACACCUGUGCCUUGAAUUCACCUCUAUUUUUCUCUAUGGUGAAGAAGAGCUUAGAUAACUCCUCCCAGUUCCUUACCUUUGUUAUGAUUGGUCUCAGUGCCCAGACUGUUGAUGUUCUCCUAAGAGAGAUAAAUCUUGGCGUUUGUUAACUAGAAGUUAAACCUCUUGUUUAGGAUAUGCCUCGAGUGCUUCCAUUAUUGCAGUGCCAUGGCAGAUUUAACCUAAGGAAACCCCUACUUGUGUUCCCCCUGUUUUCUGUUUCCAGCACUCCUCGGUGACAAGAAAUUCAGGUUUAGUCUCUGACAUCCUGUCCUGGCCAUGUACAGUUCCUGGUUUUAGUCUGUAGCCUCUCUGAAUGCUCCACUCCAGCUUGUCCAUCGGGAACCUCUUGUUCAAUAGACAUAAUACGAAGCAAUAACACAGUGCAGCGUGGCAAUAAGCAAAUCAAGAGACUUGAAUGUAAUGCACUAUUACUGCCUUCAUCUGUGUAAAUGCUGGACCUGUGAGCCAUUCUCCUUUUGGUGCACCUGUAGCAAUUUGGAGUCAGAUUAAUAGGAGCUACUUGGCAACAGAGAGAGAGUUUACCUCCUGAACUGUUACUCGGGUGACAUUUUAUCUUCACCUGAAAUCACGGUUUGAUUUUCCUUUCCUUUUUUUGCUGAGGAAAACAGUUCAUGUUACCCCUUGCCAGUUCCUUUAUUUACUGAAACAUAAAAGGCCUCUAGUUCCACGAAGAGCUGAUCUUGUCUUCAAAAACAACCUGGUGCAGCGCAAGUGACAUUUGAGAACAAAGAAGAGCCGUGCAGACCACUUACCAUGUGCCAGAGCCAAUGUAACGUUAUCUCACAUAUAACAUUAAGGUCUUCAGAUUGUGCUGACGGUAGAAAAGUGAUGUUGUGAUGUAGCACAACUGCAAUAACACCUGUUAUAUUUAAAUCUAUUUCUUGCAUAAUUCUUUGAAAGUUUUUUUUUUAAAGUUCAGUGUACCUAAUAAACAUUUGCCUUUUGAAUAG